AUGCACAACCCAGCAGAGUCCAACAGUGACCACAACUUCUACUCCUUGGAGUGGACUCUGCAGCACUUCUUCUCUCCCUCGCCAGAAAAUUCCCAUUUCAAGAUCGUCGGUCACGACAACCCCUUGUCGUCUACCGUCAUCGGCAUCGGUGGCCUCGGUUCUAUCAAAGUGUUGCCGAUUGUGGAGGUGGAUCUGUGCACAAAAAAAUCUGUUGUUGAUAGUGAUGCCUGGAAUGUUCUAUGUGAGGCUGUAGAUAAACACCAUGCUUCUGUGUUAGUUGUUGGCAGCCAUGGUUGUGGAGCUAUUAAGAGGGCUGUUUUGGGUAGUGUAAGUGAUUAUUGCGUUCACGGAUUAUUUCUUUUCAUGUUGAAUACUGAUUGA